AUGGAGAAUUUGAGAGAGGAGUUUGAUCGUAGUGAUAUCAUCCGUGAUAUGAUAGAUAAAAUACGUGGCAUUGUUGUUGAUGAGUCUAAUAAUGGACGUGAAAAAGUGGAGGUGUUUGUUAGUAUAAUGUUCAUCGUUGAAUGUUUUGUUGAUAAAAAUAUUUUGAGUGAUGAUUGUGUUAUUUGCUUCGAAGAGCUUGGGAAGGAGGGAGAGGUGAUGUGCACACCUUGUUCACAUGUGUUUCAUGAGGAUUGUAUUGCAAAAUGGUUAGAAAAGGGCAAUUCUUGCCCUAUUUGUCGUCAUGAUCUCUCAGACAUCUAG